GGCGCUGAGGCCGAGACGCUGGGGCGUGGGGUGGGCCGCCUCCUUUUGUCUGCACGCGACAGCCGCGGAGGGCGCCCGAGGCCCGAUGCCGGGACCCGCAGCCAGGCAGGCUGCGCGCCCUGCCAGCGACACCGGGGCACACACUUCCCUGGCUCCCGAUGCCAGGCGCCGCGGUGAGGAAGACGCCGAGCUUCGCCUCUGAAAUAAACCGGAGUGCCCGGCGUGUCCCGGAGAGUUGACCCUGGCUGCGAGCGAUCCUGGUUUUGUGCCCGGCGAGAGCGAGGACCAGGACGUGGGCGCGGGCUGAGCAUCCUCGGGAGGGGACGCGAGGCGCGGUUUUGCUUGGCUUCGCACUGCGCGCACGGAGCGAGCUUUCUGUGAAAUGCUGUUUUGGUUAAAAGAAGAAAUGGCCACCCAGGAGCUCACCCGGCGACUGGCCACGGUGAUCACCCACGUCGAUGAAAUCAUGCAGCAGGAAGUCCGGCCCUUGGUGGCAGCGGAUAUAAUAGAACAACUUCACAGACAGUUUGCCAUUCUUUCAGGUGGCCGUGGGAAGGAUGGCGCUCCCAUCAUCACUUUCCCGGAGUUCGUGGGGUUCAAGCACAUCCAGGAGGAGGACUUCCUGAAUGUGCUCACCUACCUGACCAGCAUCCCCAGUGUGGAGGCUGCCAGCAUCGGAUUUGUUAUUGUCAUCGACAGACGGAGGGACAAGUGGAGCUCCAUAAAGGCAUCCUUGAUGCGAAUAGCUGUGGCAUUUCCGGGAAACCUGCAGCUCAUCUUCAUCCUCCGCCCGGCUCGCUUCCUCCAGAGGACUUUCACGGACCUGGGCAUCAAGUACUAUCGGGAUGAAUUCAGAAUGAAGGUGCCGAUCAUCAUGUUGAACUCUGUUUCCGAUCUUCAUGGCUACAUUGACAAAAGCCAGCUGACUCAGGAGCUGGGGGGGACUUUGGAAUAUCGCCACAGCCAGUGGCUGAAUCAUCGCACCGCCAUAGAAAAUUUUGCCUUGACAUUGAAGACCACUGCGCAGAUGCUGCAGACAUUUGGGGCCUGCCUGGCCACGACAGAGCUGCCCAAAGGCAUGCUGGCCACCGAAGACCUUCUCAUGUCCCACACCCAGCAGCAGGACAAGGUGCAGGAUGAGCUGAAAUUGCUCGAAAAGCAGGGAGCCACACUGCUGUCAUGUGUCCGAGAACCAGCAAGCAGAAGUUUCUCCAGAAAACUCAACCCCAGUGAUCUUGAGAAUGUAGCUACCAUGGAGAGGUUAUUAGUCCAAUUGGGUGAAACAGAAAAAGCCUUCAAUCAGUUUUGGUUUGAGCAUCACCUGAAGCUCAAUCAGUGUCUACAACUACAGCGCUUCGAGCACAAUUUUUGCAAGGUGAAGCUCGCCCUGGAUCAUCUGCUGGAAGAGCAAGCGGAGUUUACAGCUAUCGGAGACAGCCUAACACACGUAGAGCAACUUCUGAAGGAACACAGAAGCUUGGAGGACAGAGGCCAGGAGCCCUUGGAGAAGGCACAGCUGCUCACCCUGGCCGGAGACCAGCUCAUCCAGAGCCACCAUUACGCAGCGGAUUCCAUCAGGCCCAAGUGUGCAGAGCUCAGGCACCUCUGUGACGACUUCAUCAAUGAAAACAAGAAAAAAUACAACAUUUUAGGGAAGUCCCUGGAACUGCACAGACAGCUGGACAAGGUCAGCCAGUGGUGUGAGGCGGGCAUCUACCUCUUGGCAUCCCAAGCUGUGGACAAGUGCCAGUCUCGAGAGGGAAUCGAUGUGGCCUUGAAUGACAUCAAGACAUUUCUAGGCACUGCCAAGGAGUACCAGUUGCUCAGCCCCAAGGAGUUUUACAACCAGUUUGAGCUGAUACUCACCUUUGAUGUCAAGGUCAAAACCCAGAGAGUCUUGCAGAAGCUCGCUGACAUGCAGGAAAUCUUUCAUAAGAGACAAGUGAGCCUGAUGAAACUGGCGGCCAAACAGACCCGCCCAGUGCAACCCGUGGCCCCCCAUCCUGAGUCCUCCCCAAAAUGGGUGUCACCAAAACCCAGCCAGCCCUCCACCUCGGCCCCUCCUCAGAGAUCAGCGGAGAAACCUCACAGGGAGACAGAUUUGACAGCCCCAGAAAAGGAAGACGAUGACGAGACGAAACCUGAAGUCAAGAAUGAAGAGACACUUGAAAGGAAUCGGAAUGAUGGGGGGAGCUCUGAGCUGCAGCAGCUGGGCAGAGAAGACCUGGCCCUGUCCCCGGACAGGCACAUUAUCCAUGAUCUGCUCGAGACCGAAGAGACUUACAUAAAAGAAAUGAAGAGCAUAAUUGAUGGCUACAUCAUCCCAAUGGAUUUUAUUUGGCUAAAGCAUCUCAUUCCAGAUGUUUUGCAGACUAACAAGGACUUUCUUUUUGGAAACAUUAAAGAACUUUAUGAAUUCCACAACAGGACUUUUCUAAAAGAACUGGAGAAGUGUGCAAACAACCCUGAACUUCUGGCAUGUUGCUUUCUCAAAAGAAAAGAAGACCUCCAGAUGUAUUUUAAAUACCAUAAGAACCUGCCACGCGCCAGGGCAGUCUGGGAGGAGUGUCAGGACUGUGCCUACUUUGGGGUCUGCCAGCGCCAGCUGGACCACGGCUGCCCUCUGUUUCAGUAUCUCAAAGGACCAAGCCAGAGACUGAGAAAAUACCAGGCACUGCUGCAGGGUCUGCUGGACUUGGAGUCUCCUGCAGAUGCAAAGGUGGAUCCAGGUGACCCAGGAGGAAGCUUCCCUCAGGAUGCGCCAAAGAAGACCAAGGAUUCCACAUGCUCAGCCGAACUCAGCCAGGCUUUGGCUGUUAUAGAGGAUCUGAUCAAGUCUUGUGAACUGGCCGUGGACCUCGCCGCAGUAUCCGGAUGUCCGCAGGGCCUUUCCAGCUUUUUUCUUAUGGAUCCGUGUUUCCAAAAGGACGACAUCGAAAAGCUGGGCGCACUGCUGAGGGACGGCCCGUUCGGCGUGUGGACGGUUAGCAGGGAGCGGCACAAAGUGAAGGACUUGGUGAGAUUUAAGCCCAGCCAGAGGCAGAUCUAUCUGUUCCAGCGGGGCAUCGUGUUCUGCAAGAUCCGCGGGGAGCCCGGCGACGAAGGGUCAUCGCCUCGCUACAGCUUUAAGAAGUGUCUGAAGCUGGCGACACUUUCGGUUCACCAGCUUGGAAGGGGGAGCAGUAAGAAGUUUGAAAUCUCCAGCCAAAAUGGACUUGAGAAAUAUGUCCUGCAGGCGCCAUCCAAAGAAAUCAAAGACUGUUGGUUUUCAGAAAUAAGUAGAUUGUUGGUGGAACAGCGAAACAAUGUUAAAGGCGGCUGCAGCCCGGAGGUCACCCCGACCGCAGCUCGGGAAGGCGGCGAUGGCGCAGAAGCCCUGGAAAGGGACAGCAGCGCGCUGAGUCUCUCCGGACUCUUCCAGUUGGACGAUAGCUGUGAAACGGCUGGAACCCUGGAGACAGGAAGAGACCGUGAUGAGCAGGAAAGGGCGCUGAGCAGCGUGGAAGAGGAGCACGCAGGCAUCCAGCCACCCACGGCGCCACCCAGCGUCCCCUUUCCAGAGGACUGACCUUCGGCGCCAUGCAUUGCUCUAAGCUGGCCAGGCUGCACACCAUCCGCCUCCUAGGGAGAGAGAGGCUGCCGUGGUACUGUGAUUACACUCUUAUUCCUCAAGGCAAGAGGCCGUAGCUCGGCCAUGGAUGUGCCCCCAGUUCACGCCCAAGGACUCACGGCACCUGACUUCAGGCGCUGCAUCCUGGGAUGUCAGAUGUGUGGCGGCAUCGCGGGCCUCUACCCAGGAGGUAUCAGCGGCACACCAUGCCAUGCCUGCCUUCCCACCCCGAACAGUGACAAUCAGUGUUGCCUUCACUGCUGCCAAAGUCCCUGGGGACCCACUCAGCCAGCAGGGGAGCCAUCUGUGUGCCACCUCUCCCCACCCGAGAGAAUGCCAAGCACUGACCCUCGCCAUGGUGGCUCCGCACGGUUGCUAUAGAUUUGUACAUUUUAAAAUUUAUGUUAGUUACUUUCAGCUAUUUUUUAUUUUACCUUCAUUCCUUUUCACUUGUUUUAGGGUUUCUAUUUUAUACUUUUAGUUACAUUUCAAACAUAUUUUCACAGCAAAUUUGUGUUUGGUUUUCAUUUUUCAGUUAUUUAAAGUUACUUUAUUUUGAGCCACAGAGUUCAGAUUAAUUGGAUUGUAAUUACUUACUUUUAAUGAUGUAUCUUUAUUAAUGUCUGAGUUUUGGUUUUUGGAGUUUUUGAGUUACUUAUUUUUAUAGCUACUUGACUGAAACUCACUGAAAGAUUUUGAGUUAUCUAUUUUUAGAGUGACACGUUCUUAGUCGCCUCAGACUCUCCUGAGUUACUUCGUUUUAGAGUUGCUCAUGGCCACAGAGUUUUUAAUUCCGUUAUUUUAGAGUCUGGAAUUUUUUCAUUCAUCUAUUUAUUAGUUAGUUUAUGUUACUUGGUGUUUAAUUAUUUGAUUUCCAAGGGUUAUUUUCCAACAUUGUAUUUCUGAAUCUUUAUGCUCACUUCAUUCUUUUCAUUACUUGCCGUUGCUUAGCUCUGGCUUUCCAGUUAUGUCUCUGCCAUUGGAAUGCAUUCUCUUCAUUUUUACAUGGCUCCUUUGAUUUAUUUUCAAAGUCAGUUAAGGUUAGAAUUACUUAGUAUAUCAACCAAUUUGAGAGAGAAAGAGAGAGGGAGAGAGAGAGAGAGAAAGAGGCUGGCCCAGUUAUGUUAACAGAGGAAUUCAGUGCUCCAGCAGUCAGAGAGUUUGGGAAGCAGUGAUACUGGGUGGAGAUGGUGGAGAUUUUACCUGCAAGAAGCAGCCACCAUCCCAGAGGCAAGGUGGAGACAAAGAGGAGAGGCUGGAAUUCUCCAAACUCAGACAUCUGGGGACAGCGGCUCUGGGCUCUAAGUAGACCAGGUCUGGGUCUCUGCAGGGGCACAACAGGAUGGUUUUGUUUUGCUUUGUUUUUGUAUUUUUGAGACAGGGUAUAUUACCAUAUGGUUCAGGCUGGCCUUGAACUCACUGUGUAGCCCAGGCUGGCCUCAAACUCAUAGCAAUCCUCCUGCUUCAGCCUCCCAAGGACUGGGAUUACAGGGGUAUACACCAUGCCCGGUUAACAACAGGGGUUGACGGGAGAGUUGGAGCCCCCAUGACUUCUGGGUGGGGAUAUUCCGGGGAGGCUGGCAGGAUCCAUGAGGGCACCUGUGUCUCCUCCACAGAGGAGGAGACAGAGAAGUCCCAGGCUCCCUCCCCAGCACCUCCAGCCCAGGACUAGUUAGUUCUGGUUCAGCGCUGGGAACUUUUAGAGGUGCCUAAACUUUGAGUGUCCCCCGGCUGCGGCCCGGUCUUGCGUCCUGGUUAUUUCUAGAGCUGCUAAGCCCAUCAGACCCAAGAAGACGCUCUGUCUCCCCAUGAGCACACAGGAAGCUGCCUUAGAACUUCAGAAAAUAAAGCCGGUGUGUUCCACUGAAUCCAUGACGGAAGGUCAGAGGUCACAGAGGGACAGAGACCCAGGGACAGGUGUCGGGGAGGCCCCAGGGAACCUCUGUCCUGCGAUCCCGAACUGCAGACCCUGCCUCUCUAGUCUCCUCUGCUACAGUGCGGUCUUUCUUGCUAAGUGUCUGAAGUGUAUAGACUUCUGCACAACAAAAUAAACUUCUUCCUGAUCUGUACAGUCUGCAA